AUUGAUUUUUUUUGUUUCUGAUCGCAAUUUUUGUUGGAUUUUUGAUUUUUGAUUUUUUUCGAUUCGCUCGCUCACCCAAUAGCAAAACCAAAAAAAUCAUGAGUUUUCGUGGCCGAUCUCGUCCACGUUUUGGUUUUCGUGGUGCAAUUUCAUCAUCUAGACGAUCAUCAACACCCGAACCACGAUCACCACCACCGCCAACAGUAUUAUCACGGAUUCAAGAAAUUGAAGAAAAAACGACCCGUAUUACAUCGGUUAGUUCGGCAAUUUUAUCAUCAUCAUCAUCAUCAUUAUCAUUACCGUCAACAAUUCAAUCUCGUGAACAAUCUCUUGAACCACAGCAACAACAACAACGACGACCAACAUCACGGAAUAUUCCAGCAGCUCGUUCGACUGGAGGAACUACUCGAUAUCAACGACCAGAUUAUUCUAAAUAUCCUGAAUCACAUGAUUAUCCUAUUGUACGUUCGAGUGAAUAUGAACCGGGUAAACAUGGUCGUAAAAUUGAAUUAUUGGCUAAUUUUAUGUUGCUCAAUGUUCAACCAACAAUUGUUCAUCAAUAUGAUUUGAAUUUUCGUUUUAAAAACGGCGAACAACAAUCGGGUACCGUAAUACCGAUUGCUGAAAAUGAACGAAUGCAAAAAUUUUUUGCACGUAUCAUUCCACAAUUGGUAGCGAAAUUCAUUCAAAUUAAUGAUAAUGUUUUUGCUCGAUUAUCACAAUAUGUUUAUGAUAAUGGUAAAAAUAUUUAUACAACCGAAUUGAUUGAUACUGGAAUUCUUUGUAAAGAAUUUUCCGAUGAUAUUAAUGGCCGCAGGAAAGAAUUUUUGGUUGAAAUAUCAAAAGUACAAACUAUUGAUCUAUCACAAAUACCGGAAUAUUAUUCCGGUCGAAUUUCCAACAUAUCUGAAGUGGCAAUAAAUUUUCUGGAAAUUUUGCUACAAAAUAUUUGUUUGAAAAAAUAUCAAUUUCAUCGUCGUAAUCUAUAUGAUUGUCAGAAUGGUUUAAUACGUGGACCAAAACAAUUCAUACAAUUUGUACAAGGUUUUAGUACGGCUGUACAUCGUACUCAGUUUGGUCCAUCAUUAAAUUUACACCUGAAAACAUCAUGUAUGAUAUCAUUAUCAGCUGAAACUCUAAUUCAAUUGAUUGCAAUGUUAUUGGAUGGUCGUGAUCCACGACAAUUAACAUCAUCAUCAUCAUCAUCAAGAGAUUUGGAACGUAUAAAUAAAAUAUUACGUGGUUUAGAUGUAUAUUCUCGGCAUAUGGGCCGACGAAUGAAUUAUAAAAUUAAAGGAAUUUUAUCACGAAAACCAAAUGAAUUAUCAUUUGAAAUGAGACAAAAUGGUAAUGGUUCUGGUGGUGAUGGUGAUGGUCAAGAAGUACGAUCGAUUACAAUUAAAGAUUAUUUUAUGGAAAAAUAUCAUAUUGAAUUGAAUAAUGAUUAUCCGGUUGUACAAUUGAUUGGUAGACCGAAUUUUUAUAUGCCAUCAGAGCUAUUGAUAAUGAGUGAAAAACAAUUUUUAAAUACAACAAAAAUUGAUUCAUCGAUUCAAAAUGAUCUUUUACAUUCAUCCACACAUAAACCAUUGAUUUAUUUAAAUAAUGUUACACGUUUUGCCAAUGAAAUUGCCGAAAUAGAUCCUGAACGUAUGAAUCAUUUUGGUGUUGAUUUACAACCACGACCAGUACGUUUUUUUGGUCGUAUAUUUGAUCCAAUACGUUGUAUUGGUAAUCAACGUAAUGAUCGUUUUGCAUCAACAAUCAGUACUGCUGUAGGUGGUAAUUCAUCAGCUGCAAAAUGGGCAUUUUUUAGUUUUGAUGAACGUUUUAAUCGUCGUGAUAUUGAUUCAUUUGUUCAUGAACUUAAACAAACUAGUCGUCGUUUUGGUUUGGAUUUAUCUAAUUGUUUGGAACAACAAUUAGUACCAAUUAAUCAACAAAAUUUAAAUGAUGUUGGAAAUGUUUUUGCUAAUAUUUUACAACAUUUACCAUCUUGUAAUUUGUUGAUAAUUGCAUUACCACAAAUUUCCUUAUUGUAUAACAUGGUUAAACAUUUUGGUGAUCAAAAAUUCGGUAUCGUUACACAAUGUUUGAAUGUUGAAAAAGCUAAACGUCGUAAUCGUGGUUAUAUAGAAAAUUUAUUAUUGAAAAUAAACGGAAAACUUGGUGGCCAAAAUAGCUAUAUUGAUUUGAAUGUAUUGAAAGCAUUACCAUUGGAUCCAACAAAAACAAUGGCCAUCGGUAUUGAUGUUAAUCAUCCUGGUAUUGGUGAAAAAAUUCAAAGUUCAAUUGCCUGUACAAUCGGUAGUCUGGAUCAACAUUUUACACGUUAUACGGCAAGUGUUCGGGCACAAAAACAAGAAAAAAUAGAAAUGAUUUCUGUACUUGAAGAAAUGAUUAAUGAAUUAUUGAUUGAAUAUGAAAAAUAUAAUAAAUAUUUACCGGAAAAUUUUAUUAUAUUUCGUGAUGGUAUUGGUGAUGGACAAUUUUUAUUGGCACAAAAUGAAAUUGAUCAAAUUCGUCGUUCUAUUCGUCAAAAAGUGAGAAAUGGUAAACUAAUGUAUAUCGUAACACAAAAACGUCAUCAAACACGUUUUGUUUUAUCAAAACCAAGUGGUUCAAUGGAUCGUCCUAUUUAUAAUGUACCAUCUGGUACAAUUGUUGAUCAUACAAUUAUCGAUCCAAAUUAUCAUAUGUUUUAUAUCAAUUCACAUUUUUCACCAUUGGGAACAUCACGUCCAUUGAAAUAUGUUGUUUUACAUAAUGAUUAUGAACGACGACAAAUGAGUCAGGAUGAUAUACAGAAAUUUUGUUUCUAUCUUUGUCAUAAUUGUACACGUUAUCGUGGUGGACCAAUUGCAAUGCCCGUACCGGUUCGUUAUGCUGAUCUUUGUGCUUAUCGUUCAAAAUUACAUUUAGAAGGACAACAUGCAAGUAGACAAAUACCGUUAGAAUGUCAAGAAGAAUUUGAACGUCAUAUUAUUCAACAAUUGAACAAAUUGGUCAAAUUGAAUGAUAAAAUUAAAAAUACACUUUUUUAUUGUUAAUCGAAACAACAAACAAACAAACAACAAUAAUAUUCUAAUAUAAUCAAC